UUUCGAGGUUUCCAGAAACUUUUAUUUUCUUCUCUAACUGCGCUUUCGUGUUGUCGCGCUAGACACAUCUACGACUACAGGCAGUAGGCCCUACCGCGCCAAGAUGUAUCUACAGCUGUUUGCAGUCGUCUGCUUGGUGGCGCCGCUGAUGGUCAUGUCUGCGCCUGCCCAAUCAAAUUGUAACAAAACGGAGUUAGAUGAGUGCCUGGCCCAGCCGAUGGACCUCUCCUUCGUCAUAGACAGCAGCAACAGCAUCAACAGGCCCAACUUCACCGAGGCUCUGUGGUUUGUGCAGAACAUCAUAGACAACUUCAACAUUGGGCCCGACAAGGUGCGUGUAUCAACCAUCACCUACGGCUCUGAUGUCCACCCCAGCAACAGAAUCGACUUCACAUCCUACAAGGACAAGGACUCGCUCAAGGCCGCUAUCAGCCUUAUCGAGCGUGGGGAGGGUCUCAGCACACGAACAGACCUGGGCAUUCA